UGUCCAGGGAUAAACAACAAUCCGGGUUACCUAUGUGAGACAGGCCACUGCUGUGGAGAGACCGGCUGCUGUACCUACUAUUAUGAACUCUGGUGGUUCUGGCUGCUGUGGACUGUGCUGAUCCUUUUCAGCUGUUUCUGUGCUUACCGUCACCGUCGGGCCAAGCUGCGGAUCCAACAGCAGCAAAGACAAAGGGAGAUCAAUCUGAUUGCAUACAACGGAGCCUGCAACUACCCUGCCUCAAUGCUGGACCUCAGUUUCCUGGCGUCCUUCAAAUUGCCAUCCUAUGAGGAAGUGGCGGCCCAGCCUACAACUCCUCCUCCUCCUUACAGCUCUCUCAUCCUACCCUCACCACCAUUACCACCAUCCCUUGGCAUGACGUCUUCUCAGAGCUCUGACAACUAUACCAGCUGCUCCUGUGAGUCAUGUUCUCUCACCUCCCCUUCCAGCACCUCCUUCUCUGUCCAGGUGAUGGAUGAGACGUACAACAGUAGCCGCGUCUCCACGCCCAGCGAAGCAGGGGUUGACUGGGCUGCACUGGCCAGGAUCGGGAGCUCUCUGGAGGGGGCCAACUCUCCACCUCCUCUCCCAUUACAUGGUCCACCUGAUGUCAUACCUGCAACCGCUCCAGAUAUUAUACCAAUACCAAGAUCUUCCUCCAGCAUCUCGGAUGGGACUUUCCGGUCACCCCACGCCUUCUCUCUCCCUCUACCCCCUCUGGGUCUCUCUCACCCCCCUCGCCUUUUACUCUCCCCGCUUAUUCUCUCACCUCCCCUCUCUUCUCCUUCAGUUCGUGCCCUCACAUUUCCUAACAUGCCCGGAGCCGUUGCUGUGCAGAACGAGGGUGAGGCUUCCAUAUGCGAUCAGAGGCCUAUGUCUCGGUCCACCCAUUCCCCACCAAAACACACCCUCUUCUCCACAAAUGUGGACUUUUUCGAGCUUCGCAACCACAAAGUGGAGAAAAAAAGAGAAGAGGACAGGAGAGAGGAAGAAGGAGAAGAUGAUCAAGAAUUAGAAGAGGAUGAGGAGGACCAUUUCCGUCAUCGCCGGCUAACAGGCGACUCGGGCAUAGAGUUGUGCCGCUGCCAUGUGAAGAGGGAGGAGGAUGAGGAUAAGGAACUGGUGAAGGGAUGUGUGGGUAGUGGAGAAAAGGAGGAAGGAGGCGAUGGGGAGGGGGCGGACCCACAUCGUGAGGCACAGGCCACUGCUGCCGUUGCUCGGUCACAGCGCCGUGAGGACAGUGCCGUACAGUGUGGCCAUGGGCCCUCAUUGUCUGCCAUCAUCCCCAAGACAGGAGACGCCAUCAUUACUGUGGAGUUAUCAUGA